UUUUUACUUAUAGACAAUGGUUAUACCAGAAGAAAGAGAUGGCAAAAUGGAAAAUGAUCUAAAUUUAGAAAGAGGUAUAGCUCCAGCUGGUGCCACAUCAAAUACAAGGAAAGGGGGACAACUCAAUCUAAAUCCUUCACAAAACAAGGUAAUAGUUGACAUGCGAGAAUUUAGAAGUGAGUUACCAUCAUUGAUUCAUAGAAGAGGUAUGGAUAUAGAGCCAGUGACAUUAGAGGUUGGAGAUUACAUAUUAACUCCUGACAUUUGUGUAGAGAGGAAGAGUGUCUCUGAUCUGAUUGGUUCCCUGAACAAUGGCCGCCUCUACAACCAGUGUGUAUCAAUGUGUAGAUAUUACAAGCGUCCAAUACUUCUCAUAGAGUUUGAUCCUAAUAAAUCAUUCUCACUACAGGGUAAAUAUCAGAUGUCUAACGAUGUGUCUGUACAGGAGACAACAACACGUCUUACAUUAUUGACACUUCAUUUCCCUAAAGUACGAGUACUGUGGUGUCAGAGUCCAUAUGCUACAGCAGAACUUUUUGAGGAAAUUAAGAUGGGAAGGGAGCAGCCAGAUGCUAAUGAAGCUAUGACAGUAUCAUCUGUAGAGGAUAUAGAAUGGUCAGAUAAAUACAGUCAUCAUCCUCAGGAUAUGUUACUUAGAAUGCCAGGAGUUAACUCUAAGAAUUAUCGUCAGAUAAUGAAUAAAGUUCAAGAUUUGGCAGAGUUGUGUACCUUUACUGAAACAGAACUCACCAGUGUAAUGGGACAUUCCCAGAAUGCAAAGCAGUUGUGGAACUUCCUGCAUAAAGAACACAAUCCUUCUGAUAAUGUUGUGUCAGCAAAACAGGCUAAAUCAGACACAGGGAAAAGAUGGAACAAGAGAAAACGAUGAAGUAACAUGUUGAGAUGAAAUGGUACUUAAUCCAUAGGAAAACCUGUGAUAUUUCAUUAUAAACAAGUUUUUACAUAUAUUUCUGUUUUUGAAAAUUAAAUCUGGUAACAUCAUUAUGUCAGAUAUUACCAUUGUAUCAGAUAUGUUUAUUUAUUGUUAACAAGGUCAUUUAUACUCUAAAUGAGAAUGAAAUAUUGAAAUUUAGACAUUUACAGUAAUACCAAACAUAAUCUGAUUAUGAUUUCUUCAAUUGUUAAUAUGUACAUCUGUUUUAAACUUUAUUUCCAAGUUAAAGCAACUUGACUAGAAAUAUAAUAGUCAGGUCUUGCCAACCUCUGUUUUCAUCAUGAUGUAACAUUAUACAUGUAGUUGCUGUUUACUAUCUAUCUCUCACAUUCAUCAUUACUCAGCACCUCCAUUUAUUAUUUCCUGCUAUGAAAGCAAAAGGGGUACCUUGUGUAAAUGUAUUUUCUGUCUGUCCUAUCAUCAGGAUCCAUAUCAUAGAAUUUAUCCAAUUUUCUUGAAAGUUGGCAGUUAUGUAUACAUGUAUAUGAGUAAGUGUUACAAGGCUCACCAAGUGCUGUCAAAACCCAUCCAUAGAUUUUGCAAAAUAAAUGUAAAUUAGAGUAAAUAUAUAAAUUCUGGUCAUUCCUGAACUAAUUGCAUGCAACAAAUUUGAGGAAAACACAUGAAAUUCUAUAAUUAUAAUUCUUCAAGUGAAAGACUAAAAUUAUUGAUGACAUUGCACUAUGUAAUUAAUUAAUUUCAUUACUAUUUUAACUUUACUAUGAGAGUUACUUGUCACUGCUUAAUUUUAUAGGCAUUGUUUCAUUAUAGGUAAAGAUACCAAAUUCAUUUUACUUAUAUACUGAAGUAUAUGAUACUCAAGUGAUCUGAACCAUUUAUUUAUUUGUUUAUUCAACAAAUUUGCCUGUCUUGUGAUAUCUUGGUAUAUUCUUUUCUAAUUUCUUAUACAAGCCUUUUUCCUUGUGUGGUGUUUGAAGUUAAGCAAAGAUCCAGAUAUCUAAGGCUUAAAAUAAUUUUUUGUUCAUUGCAAUGCCAUGUCUUAACUUUGUUAUGAAUUAUGAUUGUAUCAGGAUCUGUUUUGUAAUUAUCAGUCACACUAAGAAAAGGUUUGAGAUUGUUAGAAAUAUUAAUGAUAAAUACCUCAACAAAUUUUAUUGAAUCUGGGCAUUUGUGUUUAGAAAUGAUAUACUUAUAUAAUUUUAGCAGAAAAUCACCAAAUGAUUUCUACUGAAGAUUAUCCAUUAUUAUAUUGUGUUCAUUAAAUUUAUAAUAUAUAUUAAAUCAAGGGUAGAUAAUUAACAGUUUGUGUUCAAAAUAUUACCAGUCAAAAUAUGUUGACACUUUCAUAUUGCAGUGUUUGUUAACUGUAUUCAGGGUAAUUUACAAAACAUUAUGUGCUACAGAUUUAUAAUUCAUCAGAUCUUGUAAUGUGUAUUGAUAUUAUUGGUGCAUUUAGACUUUUUGAUCUAAUUUUGCAAAAUAAAUUUACUAUCAAAUUAA